AUCUAAUCCCUAUAUUUUUUAUUUUGUAUUUUAUUUAAAUUCCCAACUUCUCUCGCUCUCUCUCUCUCUCCCUCUCUCCGAGUCCUCACCAUUGAUUCCCCAGAGAAGCUUCUUUGCCGACUUCUUUCAUUUUCCACUAUGUCAUCUUUGUGAGAAGAUUCCGUCCCCCUCUAAACGCGGUAAUCCUAUCCUUUGUUCCUUCUGUCCAGUAAGGUGUCCAGUAAGGUAACAGCUGAUUGGUCUCCUCAAAAAUCCGAACCCACACGUUUCUUGGCAUAAAACCCACUUUCUCUGUUCAAGGGGCAGAAAUCCUCUGCAGAGUUGUAUAUUCUCUUGUGGAGUCUGUUGUUCUCAUUGUCUUUGGUGAAUCUGCCUCCAAACUGUUUGACGAUUUGGAAUUCCUGCUUCGCUGAUUUGGGGUUAAAACUUACCCUUGCCAUCGUUGAUCACAAGGUUUUGUGAAGUCAGUCUCUCGUUUGGCGUACCAAAACAAGUGGGGUUUUUCCAUUUCCUUUUUGGUGCUGCUUGUUUUAUUGGGUGGUGCUGGAUUUUGCGUAAUGGAGGAUGGGACUCCCGGAAGGUUUGUUCUUGGAAAGCAAUCAUCUCUUUCUCCGGAAUCUAAGAACAACGAAGUAUCAACAGAGGCUGAAAUGCCUGACGAGAUUGAUCCUCAAUUUAAGCUGAUGUAUUUGACAAGCGAGGGAAAUCUGGAGGGAAUUCGGGAGCUUCUUGAUGCUGGUGUAGAUGUGAACUAUAGAGACAUCGAUGAGAGAACGCCUCUUCAUGUUGCUGCAUGCCAAGGUAGAGUGGAUGUCGUGGAGUUGCUGCUUAAGCGAGGCGCCAAAGUUAAUCUCAAGGAUCGCUUUGGUAGCACGCCCAUUGCAGAUGCACUUUUUUACAAACACCAGGAUGUUUGCAAACUUAUGGAGCAGUAUGGUGCAAAACCUGUGAUGGCUCCCAUGCAUGUACAAAAUGUCCGCGAAGUUCCAGAGUAUGAAAUUGAUCCAAAAGAGAUAGACCUCACUAACAGUAUUCCACUCACAAAGGGAACCUUCAGUAUUGCAACGUGGAGAGGAACAAAAGUUGCUGUAAAGAAGCUUGAUGAAGAUUUUAUUAUGGAUGAGGAAAAAGUGAAGUCAUUCCGAGAUGAGCUGGCAUUGUUGCAGAAAUUACGGCAUCCAAAUAUUGUUCAGUUUUUAGGAGCUGUCACUCAAAGCAGCCCUAUGAUGAUUGUCACUGAAUAUCUGCCAAAGGGAGACCUUUGUGCCUACUUGAAGAAAAAAGGAGCAUUACGGCCAUUGGUGGCAAUAAAGUUUGCUCUGGAUAUUGCUAGGGGUUUGAAUUACUUGCAUGAGAAUAAGCCAGACCCCGUUAUUCAUCGUGAUCUUGAACCUUCAAAUAUUCUGCGGGAUGAUUCUGGACAUCUCAAAGUUGCCGACUUUGGAAUAAGCAAGAUGCUGAAAAUGAGAAAGACUGUCAAGGAAUACAGACCUCUAAUGUGCCAAGAUGACUCCUGUAGAUAUAUAGCUCCAGAGGUUUACCUAAAUGAAGAAUAUGACACGAAGGUGGAUGUUUUCUCUUUUGCCUUGAUUCUACAGGAGAUGGUCGAAGGAUGCCCACCAUUUUCCUUGAAAGGGGAUGAUGACGUUGCAAAAGCUUAUGCUCGGAAAGAAAGGCCUCCUUUCAAGCCUUCAUCAAAGCUUUAUCCUCCCGGUCUUAAAGAAUUAAUAGUGCGAUGCUGGGAUGAGAAGCCUUCCGAGAGGCCAACAUUUCGAGAAAUCAUAGCCUGCUUGGAUGACAUCCAGCAGCAAUUGCUCUCAAAGAAGAAAUGGCAGGAGUUUUAUCACAGCAAAUUCGCAAAGCCCCUGAAGUGCUUCCACAAUAUUGAAGCUAUUUGGACAUCUCGACACAAGAAAGAUCAAAUUGAACCCAGCAGUCGUUCCUCUUUCUUCGAUCGUUCGAGAACGUGAUUGAUGCAGCACGCAGCAAAUCGGCCGCUCCAAAACAUGACUGUUGCAGGUGUACUGCAAUUUUUAAGAUUGAAGUAAUUACUGGUGCUUGUCUCUUGCCUGAUCCAUGAGGAAGUUUUGCAUUUGGGAGUAGCAAAAUGAAAGGUGUGCGUGUCAUGUAGAUUUGGUGUUCUCAUUCAUUGCCCCACAUGCAGCAAAGAUAACUCGAUGGGUCACUUGUGUCUGAAUCUUCUUUGAAGAGCUUGCAGAUGUUUCUGUUUGAAAGCAACAAACUUACCAAUUGUAUUCGUUAGUGUUCCCAUUGAAUCAUGCAUUCUUGUUUUCCAAGAUAUAUAUAUAUAAGUAAAUUGUAUGUAUUA